CUUCCAUUUGUGUCUAAGCUGAUGUCAUCAUAAAGAACAAAUGAACCAGAAGUAGAACCAUACCUCUCAUGCUCCUGAAACAAGAACAGAACAACCUGCGACUAUGUUCCAAAUCGAAACACCCAAACUCAGAUAACAUCAUCAUCAUCAUUCCAUCGUACCACAUUGCAGCAACAACAACAGUGAGAGUGAGUAACCACUGAAACACAAAACCUUUCUCUAUGUUCCCCGCCAUAUACAACAGCAUCUCCCAAUGCCUCAACUCAACCACCGCCACUCUCUUCCACGCUCGACAAGCCCAUGCCCACUUCCUCAAAUUCAACCUCUUCACCGACAUCCACCUCACCACACGCCUCCUCUCUCUCUACGCCGACAACCUCAGCUCCUCCCAGCUCAACCUCGUACUCUCUUCCCUCCCUCAACCCUCCCUCUUCUCCUUCUCCUCCAUCAUCCAAGCUUUUGUCAAAUCCCACCACUUCCGCCAUGUCCUCGGCGCGUUCUCUGAAAUGGGUUCUCGCGGCAUUGUCCCUGAUGGGUUUCUUCUCCCAAGUGCCAUCAAGGCUUGUGCCGCGUUGCAAGCGUUGAAACCUGGGAUGCAGGUUCAUGGGUUUGCUUAUGCUUCUGGGUUUGUUUCGGAUUCGGUUGUGAUGUCUUCGUUUGUGCAUAUGUACUUGAAAUGUGACCAGCUUGGGUUUGCCCAGAAGCUGUUUGAGAGUAUGCCUGACAGGGAUGUGGUUGCUUGGAGUGCUAUGAUUUCCGGUUACUCGCGUCGUGGACUUGUUGACAAGGCGAAGGAGCUCUUUUCUGAGAUGAGGAAUGAGGGCGUGGAACCUAAUUUGGUGUCGUGGAAUGGCAUGGUUGCUGGGUUCAGUGGUACUGGUUCGCAUGCUGAGGCGGUGAAGUUGUUUCAAAUGAUGUUAUCAGAAGGGUUUUUGCCUGAUAGGUCUACUGUUUCUUGUGUUCUUCCUUCUAUAGGGAUCUUGGAGGAUGUGGUGAUGGGUGCGCAGGUUCAUGGUUAUGUGAUCAAGCAAGGGUUGGGAUCGGAAAGUUUUGUGGUGAGUGCACUUCUUGACAUGUAUGGAAAAUGCGGGCGUGAAUUUGAGAUGUCUCGGGUGUUUGAUGAAGUGGAUCAAAAAGAAGUAGGUUCUUUGAAUGCUUUUCUUACUGGUUUGUCACGUAAUGGUCUGGUUGACACUGCACUGGAGGUGUUUAACAAGUUUAAGGCCCAAGAAAUGGAGUUGAAUGUUGUGACAUGGACGUCAAUAAUAGCCUGCUGCUCCCAGAAUGGGAAAGAUCUGGAAGCUUUGGAGCUUUUUAGAAAUAUGCAGGCUGAUGGGGUGGAGCCUAAUGCUGUAACAAUCCCUAGCUUAAUUCCUGCUUGUGGAAAUAUUUCAGCAUUAAUGCAUGGGAAGGAAAUACAUUGCUUUUCUCUCAGGAAGGGAAUUUCUGAUGAUGUAUAUGUAGGCAGUGCAUUAAUAGAUAUGUAUGCCAAGUGCGGAAGAAUCCAGUUAUCUCGACGUUGUUUUGAUAAAAUGUCAGCCCCAAAUUUGGUUUCUUGGAAUGCAAUUAUGAAAGGAUAUGCAAUGCAUGGAAAGGCUAAGGAUACAAUUGAGAUGUUUCAUAUGAUGCUGCAAAGGGGCCAGAAGCCUGACCCAGUUACCUUCACAUGUUUGUUGUCUGCAUGCACUCAAAAUGGCUUAACAGAAGAGGGAUGGUACUAUUUUAAUAGCAUCUCCAAAGAGCAUGGCGUCGAAGCUAAAAUGGAACAUUAUGCUUGCAUGGUGACGCUUCUCAGUCGUGUAGGAAAACUCGAAGAAGCUUAUUCUAUCAUCAAGGAAAUGCCAUUUGAACCUGAUGCUUGUAUAUGGGGAGCCUUGCUAAGUUCUUGCAGAGUUCACCAUAAUUUGAAUUUAGGUAAGAUUGCUGCAGAUAAGCUUUUCCUGUUAGAACCAGACAACCCUGGUAACUACAUUCUUAUGUCCAAUAUAUAUGCGUCAAAGGGUAUGUGGGAUGAAGUAAAUAGAAUACGUGAUGUGAUGAAAAGUAAGGGUUUGAAGAAAAACCCUGGCUGUAGUUGGAUUGAGAUCGGACACAGAGUACACAUGCUUCUUGCUGGUGACAAAUCACAUCCACAAAUGGAAGAGAUUAUGCAGAAGUUGGAUAAAUUGGGCAUCGAGAUGAAGAAGUCUGGUUACUUCCCUAAGACUGACUUUGCUCUACAAGAUGUGGAGGAGCAAGAUAAAGAGCAGAUAUUGUGUGGGCACAGUGAGAAGUUGGCAGUAGUAUUAGGACUGCUCAACACAAGUCCAGGACAACCUCUUCAAGUGAUUAAGAACCUAAGAAUAUGUGAUGAUUGCCAUGAAGUUAUAAAAGUUAUAAGCAGAUUGGAAGGAAGAGAAAUUUUUGUAAGAGACACAAAUCGUUUUCACCAUUUCAAAGAUGGUGUUUGCUCUUGUGGUAAUUUUUGGUGAACUGCUCGUUGUUUUCUGGUGACUUUUCUUCAAGAGGAUUCAAUUCUCUGCCAAGGGUCUUUCCAGUAGACAUGAAAACAGAUUAUUCAUUAAUCAAUAGAUGUGCAUUAUCAAUAAUUUGAUGCCCAUGGAGUUAGUCAUCUUUAGAUCAAAGAUAUGUGUACUUUUGGUGACUGGCGAAUAAAUUGAUCUUUGUGACCUCGUCGGUUUUUAUUUGGGAAACCUUUUUCUUCACUCCCCUUUGUUCUUGUAGUGAAGGUUUAUAGCAACCUUAUGUAGAAUAUAUGAAGGGGAGACAACUUGCAGGUCUGGAUAUGCUCACAGAAAAUUUGAGGAACUUCAAUAUUUAUUACUUGCCUAACUCUAUUGUUUUCUUUAGGAUUGAUAUGGAGCAGCAGUAUCUAGUAUAGACUAUAGAGUAUUAUGAUUUGAAGCUUUUUAAUUGAUGAGAUUUGAAAUAAACUUUGGUAUUUCAGAACCUGUUGAAAUGUUAAUGUUCACAGGUCUGUUACUUUGACACAAGCCCUCCUCUGUCCUUUUCAAGGCCUGGUAUACUUUGAUCAGCAUGAUUGUGGAUACAGGUAUGAGGAAGAAUUCCUAGAAUCAUAUACUGAAUUGCCAAACCACCUGAUUUCUGGCUCUCUCCAACAAGCAUUUCGUGGCUAAUAGAUUAUGUAGGUUAACUAUGUCCAUGUAAGUGGUAGAUACCUGAUUUAACAUCAGUUGAUUAAUUCAAAGAUAUGUUAAUUUGAAGCUGAGUCUUCACAGCCUCAAAAUCGUUCAGUAGUUUUUUUUUUUGUUCUCUGGAGCAGCAGGGCUUGUAUUUCUUCUUGUUUACAUUGUUUUUGUCCAAUGGGAAUAAAAACUUCUCCAUUGUAAAUUUUACUUCUUUAACUGUGGCUUCAUGUGGGUAUGAAGGCACUAUGUACAUGUCUUAUGUUUGAAAUUUUAGAAAAGUGAUUCUCAUG